GCCGCCCCUUCCGCCAUGGCGGGCGCGCUGGGUGGGAUGUUCGGCUCCCAGGCUCCGGGGCCGCCGCCGCCGGGGCCGCCCGGCCCGCCCGGCCUCAUCCCGCCGCCCGCGGGACCGCGCAACCCCAACAACACGCUGGUGGACGAGCUGGAAGCCUCCUUCGAGGCCUGCUUCGCCUCGCUGGUGAGCCAGGACUACGUGAACGGCACGGACCAGGAGGAGAUCCGCACCGGUGUUGAUCAGUGCAUCCAAAAGUUUCUGGAUGUUGCAAGACAAACUGAAUGCUUUUUUCUACAAAAAAGACUGCAGCUAUCAGUCCAGAAACCAGAACAAGUAAUUAAAGAGGAUGUUUCAGAAUUAAGAAAUGAAUUGCAGAGAAAAGAAGCAUUAAUUCAGAAGCAUUUGAGUAAACUGCGACACUGGCAGCAGGUCCUGGAAGACAUCAGUGUGCAGCACAAAAAGCCUGCAGAAAUGCCUCAAGGUCCAUUAGCUUACCUAGAACAAGCAUCUGCGAAUAUUCCUGCUCCAAUGAAGCAAACAUAAUCUUGAAUUUUACACAGCUCAAUAUUUUAAAAGCAUUCUUUGUAUGCUUUCUGUAUAAUGUAAUUUGUACUGCAAAUAUAGUUAAAACAAUUAAGCCAAAUAAAUUAUCUUUUAUUACAAAA